AUGCGACAGGCCAAGAACGGUGGCGGCGCUGCAGCGCGGCUGAAGGCUCAGGAAGGUGACAGCAAGAGCACACCACCGGGGCAACAAGACUUCGCGCUGGAUGCGCUGAAACGGACACCGUACAACAACAAUCCCGAGCUUCCCUUGUACACUAUUGAUCAGGCGCCGAAGCAUCUUUCCGACAACGUGUACAUUUUAACGGGAUACCGUGUGGGAUACACCGCACGAAUGUGUGUACGCAGCAUAUUGGCUCUUCACAACGAAACAUUCAACAUUUGGACCCAUCUUAUUGGCUUUGUGGCCUUUAUUUUUGUCAUUGCCUGGUUCUUUGUAAUUGUACUUAUUCCCUCUUCGCAUCAGCAACACGCUGACGAACGCACACUCGCCACUAGCCAUACUGAAUCGAAGGGACUAACCUUCUUUCUCUUUGCGGCAUAUUCCUUUGGAUGUCUGAUGUGCAUGCUGUGCAGUUGUCUGUUUCACACACUGCUGGCGCACAAGAGCAGCACCGUAUAUUCUUGGGCGCAUGCGCUGGACUAUUUUGGUAUCACAUUUCUUGUGGUUGGCUCGUUUCUCCCCUUCUGCUACUUUGCUUUCACGUGUGAGCCGUUGUGGCGUUUGACGUAUUUGAGCAUGAUUUCCACACUGGGAAUUAUUGGCUUGCUGGGUCCUUUUUUCAGGCAAUGGACGCAGCAGCAGUAUGCAAACUGCCGAACUUUGUUCUAUGUUUGCAUGGUGAGCAGUGGCCUCUUCCCCAUCACCCACCUCUACCUCCUGCUCCCUGGCAGCGUCUCUUCCUCCUUCGUGGAGGGACUGCUGCUGAUGAUGGCCUUGUACGGGGUGGGGGUGUUUGUGUAUGCCUUUCAGAUUCCCGAGGUCUUUUUCCCUGGAAAGUUUGACGUGUACCUCUCAAGCCACCAGAUAUGGCACGUGUUUGUUCUGGCGGCGGCGUUUGUGCACUUCUUCAACAGUGCCUCCAUGUACAUCAACUUUCGGCGAAUGACACUGAGCUGCUAG